AUGCAGCAGGGGAGGAGGAGGAGCCGCCCGCGCGUCGCCGGCGGGCCCUCCCCGCCGUCGCGCCGGGGCGGGGGCAGCGCCGGGCGGAGGCUCCGUAUGCCGGUGCAGCUGCUGCGGGUGCCGCGGACGCGGAAGCGGGCCGAGGAGGGGAAGGGGGCGCUCACGCGCUCCGCCUCCGAGCCGGCGCUCUGGUGGCACGACGCCCGCGUCCACCCCGCGCCGUCCCCGCCGCCGCCGCCGCUCGACCGCCCGCACACCUGCUACGACGUCCUCGCGCCGGACGACUCCCCCUUCGCCGGCUCCGCCUCCUCCUCCUCCCUGCUGCUGCCGCCGCCCGAUCGUCGCACGCCCUGGGAGGAGGCGAAGGUGGUGGUGAACGUGACGGUGGAGGGGAGCGCGGGGCCGGUGAGGGCGAUGGUCAGCCUCGGCUCCAGCAUCCGGGACGCCAUCGCCGCGGUGGUGGAGAGGUACCACCGGGAGGGGAGGAGCCCCCGGCUGGACCCGGCCUCCGCCGAGUCCUUCCAGCUCCAUCACUCUCACUUCUCCCUCCAGAGUUUAAACAAGAACGACAAGAUCGGCCAAGUGGGCGGCAGAAACUUCUACCUGCACAAAAACGACGGAAGCAACGGGCUUGCGCUUCAGAGGGGAGAACCCGGUGCGCAUUCAGGUGGCGGUGAAAUCGCACAGAACCAUGGAGGGCAGCUUGCCGGUGUCCCGUACCACCGUCAGCUCCUCGCCAUUGUCAUCAAGAAGCUGGAUAAGAUCGGCAGGCGGACGAGGAGGAUUUGGAGGAUCCUCACCUGCGACUGUACAUGACUGACUGAUCCUGUGGGUGUUGGUACAUGACUGACUGAUCCUGUGGGUGUUGAUGGUAGCCUAACAAGUAACAUGGUAUACUGUCUGGUGUAGUAGGCUAGUUAGAAACUUAGAAUCAGUGCGCGGUGUGCCGGUGGUAUUGGUACUGAUGAAUAAAGAAGGCACGCGGCGCGGUAAGGCCAA